CAAAUAUCCCGCUACUCAUUUACACUGACUUUGUACCCAAACAGUUCGUGGCGGGUUGUUAUCAGGCUUCGAAUGGAGGCUGAGGCUAGCUAUGAUUUCGUCGCCAACGCCGAGGAUGAGCUUGGAUUCAAGAAAGGGAGUCUUUUGAAGAUACUAUGUGUGGAAGACGAUCCUAACUGGUACCUUGCUGAACAGGAAGGUCGAACGGGUUUGAUACCGUGUAAUUACAUUACAAUGCGUCCUCACCAUUGGUACAUCCGACACUGUAGUCGUAUGGAGGCCGAAGAAAGACUUCAAGAAAUUGAUCAAGAAACAACACAACAUUUGCAACCUGAUGGAGCCUUUAUAUUGCGUCAAAGUGAAGCAGAUGGAAAAGGGUUUAGCUUGUCUGUCAAACAAGGUUGUGAAGUACUUCAUUUUAAAGUACUUCAAGAUGAAGCUGGAAAAUAUUUUUUCUGGUUAUCUAAAUUCGAUUCCAUUAAUCAGUUGAUUGAUCAUCAUCGAAAGACUAGUAUAUCACGUAAUCGUUUACUGACCUUAGUUGAUCUUGUCCCAUCUAAGCGUUUUCCUAUUAACGUACGAAAGUAUCAACUUGAUCGAGUUAUUGCCCGGUUCGAUUUCAUUACUAAAGAUCCCAGUGAAUUAUCUUUACAUCGUGGCGAUGUUAUCGAAGUUAUUAACCGUGAUGAUGAAAAUUGGUGGCGUGGUCGUGCAUCCGAUGGACGAUGUGGCCUAUUUCCAUCAAAUUAUGUCGAUGACUUGCCUUCUGUCAUAUAAAUAAUUAAAUAAUUUUUUUUACAAAUAACACUAUGCAAAUUAAUCAGUAAAUUAUUCAGUCAUUCACAAAGGUUGCCUCGAUAAUUUUCUUUUAUACUUCUAAAUCUUUGUGUGUGUGUGUGUGUGAUGUGUGUGCAUAAGUAUUAGCAUCUCUACUAGCUCUUAUAUGCAUAUACAUGUGGCCCUCUUUCUCUCUCUUUUUGUUUAUUUUAUCGACAAGUAAAAAACCUCUCCUCAACUUUGUAUUCAUAUAAUUUUUCCAAAAGUUCUACAAACUUAUUAUUAAAUAUCGUAAAACAAAUAGACGAACAAACAAUAUGUGCAUAUAAAUUUAUAUGUACAUACUACACCACAGUAUACUUGUUUGUUUUGUAUCGCUUUCACCUUCUUUAAAUUAAACCAAAGCAACAGGAACAAAAAAUCAAGUAUUAUGUCUACAAAUAAAAAAAAAUAUGCAUUAUUAGCCUUUAACAAUAAUUAUUACUAUUUGUUUUGGAUUACAUUCAGUGUUUUUAUUUGCUUGUCUGGAUUUAUUAUCAUUGAUGAUUGAAUAUAUAUAUAUAUAUAUAUAUAUAUAUAUAUAUAUAUAUAUAUAUAUCAAUGUUGGAUGUAUAAAUUUCACCACUUAUUAUACUGUGUUAUGCUUCUCAGUGUUGAACAGUUGAAAUUGGGUUUUGUUUUUCUAUAAACCGAUGAAUGAAGUUUAUGAAACUUGUUAUCUUAUCAUUCUCUGAAUACCAUUACUAUUAAUUUUUAUUUAUUUAUAUAAUUAGUUGUUUGUCUAUUUCAAUCGUUGGUAUUUUCUUACUCAUACUAUACAGUAUUAUUAUUAUUAUUAUUAUUAUAGAUGUGUGCUUAACUAACUGUGCAAUACACUUUCAUCAUUUAUUGAUUAUACAUAAUACGCACCAUUCAUCACUAUCAUGCUUGCUUUCGAUUGUGUUGUUUAUUUUGUGUCACCGACUUUUUCUCUCUAUUUCUUACUCAAUACUCUUAACAUGUAGAGUAGUAACUUCAGUGUGUUAAUACAUUUUAUUUGAUUUUUUGUUGUAUUUUUAAAUUGCUAUGACUGUUGUCACUCUUGUUCUUUCUUUCUUUCUCCGUGUACACUGAUCAGUUCAUGUAGUUUUAUUGCUGUUAUAUUUUAGCAGAAAAAAAGUUUUUUCUUGUUUUGAUUUAUUAUUAUGCUUUGGUUUUUUUUUCCUUCAUCAUCAUCAUCAUCUUCUUCGUCUUCUUGCAUUCAUUCCAUUUAUGGAUU